ACUACAAACUUACUUCAAUAAGUAGCCAUCCUUAAAUCCCAACUUGCAAAUUUAGAUUAAUUAUUUUGACCUUUAACAAAGUGCUAAAACUGUUAUUAGGAAGAAGAGCAGGAGACCAAAACAAGUGCAAUGACGUGGAUCACUCUCUGGAGAGAUACGAGAUUCGCGAGGCUUUCAAGGUAUUUGACCGAGAUGGGAACAGCUUUAUCUCGAAGCAGGAGCUGGGGACGGCCAUGCGCUCACUGGGCUACAUGCCCAAUGAGGUGGAGCUGGAGGUCAUCAUCCAAAGACUUGACAUGGAUGGUGAUGGCCAGGUCGGCUUUGAAGAAUUUGUCACUUUACUCGGACCUAAACUCUCCUCUGCUGGAAUGCCCGAUAAGUUCCACGGAGCAGACUUUGAAUCAGUGUUUUGGAAGCAGUUGUUUCAAGAUGAAGGCUGAUACCAGCCUGACUAUGCCCCAACUCCCAGAGGCCAUGUCUCAGGCUGGCCUACAGUUUGCUGUGGCCACUGAGGAGGACUUUGAUGAGAUCAUGGCUAUGAGCCAGGAUAUCGAUGGAGGCCUUGACUACUUUCCCACUAGAUACACCAGUUGGCUACAGGAGACAAAUCGUACAGUCAUAUUGGCUCGCAAACAGGGAAAAGUGAUUGCUGUGCAGUCGGUGUGUGUGAUUGACGAUGGGGAGACCAUGCUGGUGGAAGGUCUCCGUGUCGCCCCGCAGGAAAGGGGCAAGGGUGUGAUAGGAGUUCUGCUUCAUUUUUGCUCUGAAAUGGUCACGUCCAAGUACCCAGAGGUCAAAGUGAGGCGUCUGACCCGUGAUGAUCAGCUUGGACCAAAGGACUUCCAGAAGUAUCGUAUCAUAACCAAGCAGGGUAUUCUGCUGGUGCACUUCAGAGCAGAAGAUCUCAAGUUCCGUCUGACUGAGCUUGGUCUGGGUGGAAACACCUCCUCCUCUAAUUGUCCUCCAGUACUUCUUGACCAUACAGCUAUCCACCGGCUGUAUCUGACUACUGACCUAAUGCAGGGGGUCCUUCCUAAUGCCACCAUCAUUCAAAACUGGCAGCCAUUCAAGCCUUUGCCCAGUAACAUGGUCAUCCUCCUGAAGAAGGACAUAGAUUGGAUGGUGGAUAAUGUGUCCAACCCUACCGUUGCAAGCCUGUGUACCUUCCCUUUCAGGGUGCCCAUUGGAGAUGACUGGUAUUACCUGAAUAUUGACAUGUUUGGUAAAGACCUGGACCUGGUACGGCAGCAGUUCUUGUGCCACCUGCAGAGCCACACCACCACCCUGAAGGGUCAUGUGAUGUGCAAGAUGUUCCUGGACCCACUGCUCUGGACGCCUAUGGCCGAAUUCUGCCACAACACCUUAGGUGUGGAGCUGGUGGAGGAGUACACUGAGCAGUGCGUACUGGAGUCAGACGUCAUUUAGUUACAGAAGGUGGAUGAAAAGGUGUAGACGAUUAAGAAACCAGAAAGGAUUAAAGACAAGGGUCUAGACAACAAUGAAUGGACACAACUUAAUCACAUUUAAAAGAAAAACACCCCCUUUGUGCUUAGGAGACAGAAACUAGGCAAAAACAAAACUUCUAAUAAACUUAAAAUAAACAUGCAAAUACAGAGCAUGGGGAAAAAAAAUCAGAAACACACCAUGUAAUCAGCUACAAUAGGUCUGUAACAAAUCAUUAAUUUGUUCCAGAGAUGUAUUGGUACAACUAUUUUAUGUAAUAUUUUUAAGGUUGUGUAGUUAAAAUUUAGUGCACACAAUAUAAAAAGGAGGGAUUUUAUAGCACAAACAUUUUUUUCUUAGAGGUCUUCAUGGGUCAAAAAUUUGGAUUUAAGAAAAAGGCCUAAUCUUAAAAAAGCCUUUAUGGAAAGUCAAACCUAGUUGAAUAGACCCAAGGGUGAUUUGGUCAGCUGGGUGCUUUUUAGCUGCAAAUUUAUUAUACACUACCGAUGUGACUGAAUGGCAAUGUACUCCAGCGCAACACUACAAACUAUAGCCUCCAAAAUGAUCACAGACCUGGAUCAUCAUCUUAUUAGUUUGGCGUGAAUUUAAAGAAGAUCUAUUAUUCUUGUUUUUGGGGUACAUCAUUUUAAUUUGGGGGCACUAAGGUUUACAGGCUCCAAUGUUCAGAAAAUGCUUUAGUUUCUUUAUUCUAUUCAUUGCUGCAGCAGCAGGAGAUCCAGCCACUAAUAUUAGCUGGCAAUUCAUUAUGAGUAAUAAUGAUCCCUCUGUGACUCAGCUCAGAUUCAGCUAUGUUAGAGCAAACAAAUCUUAGUUUAUUGUCUAGAUAUGAACAUAAUAUACUAGAACUGGAAUGUCCAUUAAGAUCAGGACACUUAAAACUGUAGUGUAGAGAUAUAGUCAGAAGUAAGUUGAACAUAAUUGACUGCAUUAUAAAAAAAAAUGUAUCAGAUCUCAACACCUCAAAUAAUAAAACAUUUGAAAUAUUGCGGCUUAUUCUAAAAUAGGGGUGCAGACACAAAAUAAUUAACAGCAAUAUUAUUUUUUCUUCUGAAGCAUCUCAAAACAUUGAGAAAUCAAAUACAAAUAUGAAAACAUGCAAAUAAAAGUGCGUUUUUGUAUGUUCAGCACUUUGCUGCCAUUAUCAACCUCACUACUGUGGCAGAUGCAAGUGAGUAAAGAGCACUGCAAUGGACAUGAUUGAACAAAAAGCAAAACCCAAGCUAAACCCAUCCUUCAUGUUUUCUACUACAUUAGCUAGCUGAAUGAGAAGAAGCUGAAGGUUUCUUCAAUUUUCAAGUAGUUUAGUUAGUUAUAACAAUCUAAGUGCAUGGCACGAGUGGGUUUAGUGGGUGUCCAAAUCCACUUUUGUUAGUUUAAUGCAGUGUUGUGCAAGUUCACACCUCUCGUGAACUAGUUCAAAGUUCAGUUCAUACAAGUAAACAUGAAUAG